CGUGAGCAUUUCAGGGAUUCAGAUCCCGGUAACGCGGAGUAGGAGCUCCGGACAGGCACUUGGGGCCUGGUGGUGCAUUCUGCACUCUCGGGCCUAGGCCCAUAACAGAGAGACGCGGAGGCGGGAUUCGAACCCUAGCUACCUCGAAACGCGGAGUGCGCACCUCUUACCCGGAAUUGGGAGGAACCGCUGCCCUGAUCAUGGACCCAGAAUGCUCCAGGCUCCUCCCUGCUCUCUGUGCUGUUCUGGCAGAUCCCAGGCAGCUGGUGGCAGAUGACACCUGCUUGGAGAAACUGCUGGAUUGGUUUAAAACAGUGAUGGAGACAGAGUCCAGCCUCCAACUGCUGCAGGACCACCCCUGCCUAAUGGAGCUACUGUCCCAUGUGCUGAAGCCACAGGACGUGAGCCCCAGGGUCCUCUCCUUUGCUCUACGCCUUGUUGGGAUCUUUGCAGCCCAGGAAGACUGUUUCCAGUACCUCCAGCAGGGGGAGUUGUUGCUGGGGCUCUUUGGGGAGACUGGUGCCCUCAGCUGGGCAGCCUGGAGCGUGCCCAGUGUGCGCAGUGGCUGGAUCCAGGGCUUGUGCUCCCUGGUACGCCACCCCAGCGCCCUGCACUUCCUGGCUGACAGUGGUGCUGUGGACACGAUCUUCUCCUUGCAGGGAGACCCUAGCCUGUUUGUGGCCUCUGCAGCCAGCCAGCUCCUAGUACACAUCCUGGCUCUUGCCAUGCAAGAUGGGGCUUCAGGGUCCCCCACCCGAGAGGCUGCUGCCUGGCCCAUCUGUGCUCAGAAGAUUGUGAACCAUGUGGAAGAGUCCUUGCAUUCCAAAGCCACCCCACAGGUCACACAGGCCCUGAAUGUACUGACCACCACUUUUGGGCGCUGCCAUAGCCCCUGGACAGGGGUCCUCUGGGAGCGGCUGAGUCCUCCUGUUGCCUGCCUGUUUGAGAGAGACCCCAUUCCAGCUGUCCAUUCACUCAUGGACCUCCUCCUCAGCGUGGCCAGGUCUCCUGUGUUGAAUUUUUCAGCCUGUGGUUUGUGGGAGAUGCUGGCCCAGACUCUGAACCGCCUGAGCCCUACACAAGCUGGGCCUCUAGCUCUGGGGACCCUGAAACUCCAGCAUUGUCCCCAGGAACUGAGAACCCGGGCCUUCAGUGUCCUCCUCCAGCCCCUGGCCUGUAUCCUGAAAGCCACCACUCAGGCGCCUGGACCUCCAGGCUUGCUGGACGGUGCUGCAGAUAGCUUGCUGACUGUGGAUACGCUCUUGUCAUCUAAGUCGACCUGUGUGGGACUUCUCUGCCAGACUCUGGCUCACCUGGAGGAACUACAGAUGCUGCCCCAGUGCCCCUCCCCCUGGCCCCAGGUGCCCCUGCUGGGAGCUGCGGUGACCAUAUUGCGUCUCUGUGAUGGCUCGGCGGACCCCAGCUCCAGUGUGGGAGGUCGUCUCUGUGGGACCCUGGGUGGCUGUGUUCGUGUUCAGCGAGCAGCCCUCGACUUCUUGGGGACACUGUCUCAGGGAAUGGGCCCCCUUGAGUUGGUGCUGGAGGUGUUUGCUGUUCUCCUGAAGACCCUCGAGAGCCCAGAGUCCAGCCCCAUGGUCCUGAAGAAGGCCUUCCAGGCUACCCUCAGGUGGCUCCAGAAUUCACACAAGACCCCCAGCUGCUCUGACCUCAGCACUGAUGCCCUGCUGUUCCUUGGAGAGCUAUUCCCCAUACUACAGAAGCGUCUGUGCAGCCCGUGUUGGGAGGUGAGGGACUCCGCCCUGGAGUUCCUGACACAUCUGAUCCGACACUGGGGAGGGCAGGCUGACUUCAGAGAGGCACUGCGUUCCUCAGAAGUGCCCGCGCUUGCCUACCAGCUCCUCCAAGACCCCGAGAGUUAUGUCCGAGCAAGUGCAGUAGGCGCUGCUGGGCAGCUCUCUACCCGGGGCCUACAGGCCGCUCCCACCAGCCCCGAGAACCAGCAGGCCCAGCAGGGCCUACUUAUGGACCUCAUGCAUAUCCUGUCUACGGACUCAGAGGGCUUCCCUCGGAGGGCUGUCUUACGGGUCUUUACUGAGUGGCUGAGGGAUGGCCAUGCUGAUGUGGUUCAAGACACAGAAUGGUUUGUGGCCACUGUGCUGCAGGCAGUGAGCCGGGAUCUGGACUGGGAGGUCCGAGUGCAGGGUUUGGAGCUGGCACAGGUGUUCCUCAUCCAGGCAAUGGGGCAGCCCAGCCUCUGCUGUCCCUAUACAGUAGGCCUACCUGAGGCCACCUCUCCCAGCCCACACCCAGAAUUCUUGCAAACUCUUUGCCGUCUGCCACUCUUUGAGUUUGCUUUUUGUGCCUUGCUUGACUGUGACCGACCAGUGGCCCAAAAGGCCUGUGACUUGCUUCUCUUCUUGAGGGACAAGACAUCUUCCUGCAGUGGCACCCAGGAGGCUGGGGAUAACCCUAGCUUAGCCUCUGUGGAGGCUGUGCUGCAGAGGUGGCGGGAGGGUGAGCAGGGCCAGCCCCUGGGGGACCUGGAGCCCGAGGCCAUGCUAGCUAUCCUGCGGUCCCUGGACUUGGAGGGCCUGCAGGACAAGCUGGCCAAGAGCAGCGACUAUGUGGAAAAGAGCCCACAGUCCCUACUACAGGACCUGCUGGCCACGGUGGGUAUAUUAGAGGAGAAUGAAGCUGACUGCUACUAAGACUGUGUCCCCAUCCUUCAUCCCUCGCCAGCAGACGGACUCCAGCCCAGGCCAGCUGCUCAUGAACCCUCCAGGGAGUGGAUCAAAGUUCCCAUAUUUUAAGCCGGGUAUGAUGACACAGUUGUGGUUCCAGAGUUUUAAAGGCCAAGGGAGGAGAGGUAGAGUUCCUGCCCAGUGUGGACUAGAUAGCAGUCCUGUCUCAAAAACAAAAACUCUACCUUUUGUGUGCGUGUGCAUGCAGAUCAGAGGUCAGUCCCUGGUGUCUCCUCAGGUGCUGUCUACCAGUGAGGACGGGUCUCUCACUGGGACUUGGUUCUCACUGAUGAGAUUUGCCGGUAAGGUCCAGGGAUCCUGUCCUCUCCUCCUAGCACUGGGAUUGUGAUACUGCAUCCCCACACCUGGGUUUUUACAUGGGUGCUGGCAUCUGAACUCAGGUCCUCAUGCUUGCACGGCAAGCACUUUAUCCACUGAACCGUCUCCCCAGGUCCACAGACUCCUACCUUCUGAUGUAUUAUUAAAGAAGUGGCUUGUUUUCUCCUCAGAACAAGUAGCGUCCAAGUCUAUAAUCAUCCAAGUUAAUUUUGUAUAUGGUUCAACACAAGGUCUCACUGGUAUUCUUUCAUGCGUGGCCAUUUCACGCUCUCUACUCCAUCCAACUACCAAGGUUUAGAAGUCCCAUAAUCUGUAAUUUAAUUACUUACAGGGCGGUGUUAGUACACACCUUUUAUCUCAGCAUUUGGGAGGCAGAGAUAGGUGGAUCUCUGAUUUCAAGGCUAGCCUGGUCUACAAAGUGAGUUCCAGAACAGCCAAGACUACUCAGAGAUAGUCUAUCUCAAAAGACCAAAAAAAAAAAAAAAAAAAAAAAUUAAAAUACUUUGAAUGUUGUUCAAAGUUGCAGCUGUGGGUUCUGUUUAAAAGGGAGAAAAGGCUCCAUCUUGUUUUAAGAGGGAAGACCAAGGGCACAGCUACAGUGACAGCAACACCAAAAUCCAGCGGUGUAAAAGCUCAGUGGCUGACAUUUCGAGCUCACUCAUGACCUGGGCAGCUCCGCUUCUGUACUACCAUCCACAACACACAGCUGGUCUUCUAGACCUCGUACCCGUGGGCAUCCCACGAUCCUGGCUUCUCAAAUAAGCUGGGUCUCCACCACAGCUAAGGUUACGCCUUCACCAGUGGUCUCUCCUGGGUUCUUUUCAUGAUCACUUUAAUCCUGUGGCUUUUGUGUGACGAAACCAGUACCACACGAGUUUACCAAAUUGAGCUGCCAGCUUGAGACAGUCUUGACCCCCUCUGGACCACACUUCUGUGUGUUGAUUCUGAAGAAUUCCUUCUCAGAUUUAUCUCAGUGGUCCUGGUCUCUGUUGAUCACAGCUGGCCAGAAAUGGAUUCUGAGUUUAAAUAUAUCACAUGAGUGGCCCCGUUAGUUUUUCUUCCUUCUUAAACUGUCAGAAGCCAGGCGUCGGUCGUUCGCAUUUCUCUGAACACUCACACAGGCUCUCACACAGCCAUCCAUCAGGCCUUGUGUACUGCCUUAGGUUUCUAUUGCUGUGAAAAGAUACCAUCCAUGGCAGCUUUCAUAAAAGCAUGAAAUGGGGUGGCUUGAGGUUUAGUCCACUAUCAUGGCGGGACAUGGUGGUGUGCAAGCAGAUGUGUUGCUGGAGAAAGCUGAGAGUUAAUACAUCUUUACUCAAAGACAACAGGAAGUGGUCUGUCUCACUGGGAGUGACUUGAGCAUAUGAGACCUCAAAGCCCAACUCCACAGUGAUACACUUCCUAAUAGUGUCAUUGCCUUUGAGGGCUAUUAUCUUUGAAACCAUAAGCGCUCAAUGGUUUUUUGAGCUGACAGAUCCAGACACUUGUACAAUCCUUCCCAAAACAACAUGGUCUGGUCUGUCAGCAGUACCCCACUCCUGGUACCAAGUUCUAUCCUACUUUGUCUCCUAUUGCUAUAAUAAACACCAUGGCUUUCUUAGGACUUCUAUUGCUGUGAAGAGACUCCUUGACCACAGCAUCUCUUACAAUGGAAAGUGUUUAAUUGGGACUGGCUUACAAGUUGAGAGGUUUAGUCCAUUCUUGUCAUGGUGGGAAGCAGGAUGGCAUGCAGGUAGACACGAUGCUGGAGAGGUAGCUGAGAGUUCUGUAUCUGGAUCAGCAGGAAGAGAGUGACACUGGGCUUGAUUGGAACUUCAAAGCUCACACCUGGUGACACUUCCUUCAACAAGGCCAUGCCUCCUAAUAGUGCCAUUCCCUAUGAACCUUUGGGGGUCAUUUCCGUUUAAACCACAGUAGCCAAAAGCAGCUUGCAGAAGAAAGGGUUUAUUUCAUAUUUUCCAGCCUACAGACCAUCAUGAAGUCAGGGUAGAAAUUCAGGCAGGAACCUGGAGACAGGAACUGAACCGGAGGCUACUGAAGAGUGCUGCUUGCUGUCUCAUGGCUUGCUCAGCCUGCUGUCUUAGAGUACCCUGCCAAGGAAUUACACUACCCACAGUGGAGUAGGCCCUUUACCUUAAUCAUUAAGAAAACACACCCCCAGACUUGUCCACAGGCCCAUUAGUUGGAGGCAGUUCCUCAGUUGAAGUUGCAGAUGUCUCUAGCUUGUGUCUAAUUGACGCGAUACUAACUAGCACAUGAGAAGAGCCUUUUCGGGCUGGAGAGCACUGUCUGCUCUUCCAAAGGUCCUGAGUUCAAUUCCUGGCAACCACAUGGUGGCUCACAACUAUCUGUAAUGAGGUGUGGUCCCUUUUCUGGCCCGCAGGCAUACACACAGACAGAAUAUUGUAUACGUAAUAAAUAUUAAAAAAAAAAAAAGAUCCUUUUUCCUAGGUGAGAUCUGGUGCCCCUGGGAAGGUGCCUGGCUCAUGGGUGAGGGUGUGUCUUCUGGGCCCUGCCAUCUGUUGGUCUGUGGGUGUUUAUAUGCCAUACCAUCAUGGUUUCUCUACUUUUAUUUGCUUUGUCUUAUUUCUGAGACUUUCAUGUAUCUCAUGCUAGGCUCAAACUUCUACAUAGAUGAGGGUGCUCUUGAAUUAUCCUGCUUACACACCCCAAGAGUGCUGGCAUGACAGGCAUAUACCACUCUGCUCGGUUUUUGCAUUGCCGAGGGUGGAAACCAGGGCCUCGUGCAUACCAGAGAGGCCUGCUACUCACUGAGCUACAGCCUCCAGCCUUUGCAGAGCUUUAUAGUGAUUGACUUUUGCCAGUGUGAUCCCCGCCCCCGAAUUGCUUUGCUAUUUGGAACUCCUGUGGCUCCAUAGAAACUUCAGUUUUGGGCUGGAGAGAUGGCUCAGUGGCUAAGAGCAUUGCCUGCUUUUCCAAAGGUUCUGAGUUCAAUUCCCUGCAACCACAUGGUGGUUCACAACCAUCUGUAAUGACAUCUGGUGCCCUCUUCUGGCCUGCAGACAUACAGACA